AUGACAAGGCUGCCAAGAGAAGAAAAAGAGGACCAGAACCAGCUGCUGAAGGGUGCCAAGGAUAGCGAGAAGCUGGCUACGGAGGCGCAACACGGGCUGAUCGCGCAAGUGCUAAAGGACGUCAUCUUCUCGAUGCGCCCUCAGGAUGCAGCUCUGCGCGAGGUCAGUGAAGCGGUGGAUGCCCCUAUGGCCAUCGGCUAA